UGUUUGAUUUAUUGUUAGGAGCAAUACAUACACUGUUAUAAUGUCGGCGCUAUGUAGAUGAGUUGAAAAACAAGUUUCAUGUUAAUAUCAGGAAAAACUAUCCAUUUAUAUUUGUUAAUGCCUACUGGUCAGCGAGUAUUUGUCGGACAGCAGUAUUUAUCGGACGUUCUAUUUAUUUCGUGUAUUUUAACCCUGUAGCACAAUUUUCUACGUCACAUCCUUACGCGCGAUUGUUUUCUCAAUGUUGACACCAGAAAUUCGUUGAAAGGCAAGUAUUGUAGUUAAAUAACUGUUAUGUUUACAAAUUUUGUCGCAAUGAAAUGUGACCUCCGCGCGGGGGAUAUUAAUAGUACGCGCAUGCGCAAAAUAAUUCACUCAAUAAGGCCCGACUUGUGUUCUUGACAUUUUCGGUCGUCUGCUACAAUACACCAAACCUCCAUUGUUUUUUCUUAAAACCUCAUAUUUAACACGAAACUGAUGUAGUCAACAGCAACAAACUAUUUCAAUUAUUGAUUUGUUUACAUUAAAAACUCGACACAAUUUUGUAUAAACAGAUAUCGGAUUUGCUUGCAAAAUGUUUAUAGUUAACGCUUUGAUUAAAGGGAAACAAAUCUUAUUGACGACUAUAUACAUUCACUGCUGGGAUUUUCGCCCUUGAUGAGUUUGUAAUAGCUGAGUUUCGUAAAAUUGAAUAGUCUAAUCUAUGUUAAUGUUUGCAUAGUUAUUUUACGAAUAAACCCCACAUUUGAUACACAAAUAUUAGUUUAGGAAUGCUAGCAUUAAUUAAACGACUUAAAAAGGAUAAUGGUAUAUUUAAGUGUCUGUUUUACAAUUAGACUGUAAUGCAAAAAUGGAUUGGAUUGCAGAAAACAAAUGCAAUCAAGGGAAAAGACACAGAUGCAGCGUGCCGUCUCUGCUGUUAGGCAGCACAAAAUGAAAAUUAGGGUCGCUGCACGGGAAUUCAAUGUUCCACGUAGUACAUUAUCAGAUCAUGUACAUGGGCGUGUUGGCGAGACACGCACAGGUCCAGUGAGCCUAUUAAACGAUGAGGAAGAGGGGGCUCAUGUGAGUUAUCUAUUAUACAUGGCGGAUCAUGGUUUCCCUAUGACACGAAACAGAACCCCUGUUUAUAUUCGGGAAAUCAUUAAGCAAGGAGGUUGGUUCGAUCAUUUAUGUUUACAAUUUAUAAGUCUGUAAUCUUAUUACGAAUAUUGUGCAUGUAAUUGAAAUUUUUUACCCUUGACUGUUUCAUUUACCCCGGACACGUAUAUUCCUUUAUAAUUAUACGUCUUCAUAACACGGUCCCGCCCCUACAUCACAGUUAUUGUUGUAUUAUAUGAUAUUAUUUAGAUUUACUUUCGAACUAAUGUACAGGUAGGACAUAUCCGUAUAGGUGUCAGAGAAUGGGCCGUCAGACGAAUGAUUCCGAAAAUUGUUUGCGCGCCACCCGGAACUUCAGGAACGGACGCCCGAGAGUUUGGAUCCGGCACGUUCCUCAAUGUCGAGGGAGGAUGUCAUAUACCCAUUCUUUGACUUUCUGGACAAAACCCUCACAUAGUAUGGUGUAAAAGAUAAACCGUCACAAAUAUUCAACUGUGACAAGACCGGUUGGUCGGGAAAAGAAAAAGCCAAAGAGAAAGUUAUUACUGAAAAAAAAGGGAGCACACCAUCAGCCGGAAAGUUAUGGGCGGUGGAGGAAACCAUAUAACCGCGCACCUUUGCGUUUGUGCAGAUGGGCGGUUUUUCCCUACAAUGAUUAUUUUCAAGGGUUCAUUGCCACACACGCGUUUUACCGACGGCGUGCCAGACACAUGGCUCUAUGGGAGCAGCUCGACGGGGUAUAUCGACCAUGAGUUGUUUCAAACAUGGUUCAUGAAAGGAUUUCUGCCCCACUGUGGGCGAGCAAGGCCGGUUGUGUUGAUCAUGGACAAUCAUGACGCACACAUUUCCCUACCAGUUAUUCAGGCGGCCAGGGCGAACGAUGUUGUGCUGAUCGGGUUUCCAGGCCAUACCACGCACAUCUUGCAGCCGUUGGAUGUGAAGAUAAUUGGCCCGUUAAAGACAAACAUGGCAUCACUUGCGUCUGAUCUGGGGAUCGUUUGCCCGUCCUUGACUAUAGGGAAAUCCAAAUACCCUGUUUUACUGAAGUAUGCGAUGGACCGCAUCACACCGUCUACCAUCAUAGGGGCUUUUGUCAAAGCUGGUAUCGUCCCACUAGACAGGGGAGCCAUAGACGAGUCCCAGCUUAUACCGGCGAUGUUUCCCGCUGUGCAAAAUAUUAAUGAUGACAACUCGGCCCAGACAUGUAAAGAAUGUGGACGUUUCACGGUUAACCCUCUGGUCAAGGCCGGUCUAGUGCCUGAGUCACUUGCUGACAUUUUAGUACCACCAGCGUCAAAACCUGCAGCUCAACGAAAUAAAAGAAGAAUAGUUACCGAGGGACGAGUAAUAAGUGGUGACGAAAUACUGAAGGAGUUAAUGGAACGAGAGAAAGCUUCCGCCGAGAAAGACCGUCGAGAUGCGCAGCGAGCUUUGGAAGCCGACGAAAGUAAAAGGAUGAAAGAGCAGGAAGAAAUUGAAAAGAUUAAGAGAAAAGAGAAACUUGUUGAAAAGCGAUUGGCCAGGGAACAGGAACAGAAGAAAAAAGCGGACGAGAAAAUUGAUAGAGGGAAACUUGCUAACAAGAAGUUUACGUGUGAAGUCUGUUGUAUGAGAGGGAGGGUGUUGGAUGAGAGCAAGGGCAUUGUGCGGUUCGGGUGUGAUGAGAAAGUGUGUGGCAAAUGGUACCAUUUUGAAUGUUUGCACCGUAGCGAGCAAGAAUACUUGCGAGAGAGUAUGGAAGAGGGAGAAAGCUGGUAUUGUAAGGCAUGUAAGCCAUGGCUGUAUUGUGAAGAGUGAAUGGCUGUGUCCCUUGUGUUUCUCGUGCACGAGAUUCAUGUAAGCUGCUUUUGACGUUUGUGAUGUAUCGAUUAUUAUAAAACAUUAUGUAUUGAAUGAAACACGUUUUUGGUAUUAAAUAAUCAUCAUAUUAUAAAUAAUACCAAUGCAAUGUUAAUUUAUAGCAUUGUUUCUCUACCAAUAUGAAAUUAUCUCAGGUUUAUUUAUUAAUGCGAUGACCGUACAACAUUUUUAAAGAGACAUCAAAAACGGAUGUUCUUGUAUGCACUGAUAUUGGAUUCCAAUUGUAACUCUAUUAAUACACACUGAAGAAUACAUUUUGCACCAUUAAAUUAAUACAUUCACGUGAUUCUAUCGUUUCAGUUCAGAAAAAUACCAUUUGAAACAUAAUUUGUUGCGAUUUACUCAAAUCAUAUAAAUGUCCGGAAAAUACUUCUGUAUAGUGUAAAAUUACCUCCCUUUGAUGACCACAUAUGCGGGCCUCGUACAUAGGCAUGCGCACAUCAAAAUCCGACUUUGUUUACAUGCACUUGUACAUGACGAACCCAAGAUAUAUCGGUAAACUUUUCAUGCCGUAUUUUGCAUUAUUAAGGGAGUAAUCCACGAAAAACCCUGAAUUUCGUCCGACAAAUACUCGCUGACCAGUA